AUGAGAAAGCUCAAGCAUCAUGAACAAAAGCUUUUGAAAAAAGUCGACCUGCUUCAUUGGAAAACCAAAGACAAUUCCAACGAAAAUCAGGUCCUUCGAAGAUAUCACAUCACCGACAGAGAUUCCUACAAUCACCUUAACAAGCUUCGCGGAUUGAUAACCAAGCUGGCAAAUAAGCUUUCAUCCGAAUUGGCUCCUGAAGACCCGGGUCGUCAGAAAAUGUCUAAACUGCUAUUAAACAAGCUCUAUCAGCUGGGGCUAAUCCCGAUUGUUCGAGAUCUUGGCCAGUGCGAAAAACUCACCGUAUCCGCAUUUUAUCGUCGAAGACUCCCUGCUGUAAUGAUGAGGCUGAAAAUGGCGGAAAAUCUGCAAGAAGCCACAACGUUUAUCGAGCAAGGACAUAUCCGGGUCGGGGUUAACACAAUUAGGGACCCUUCUUUUUUUGUCUCCAAACACAUGGAGGAGCUGAUCACUUGGGUCGACGCAUCCAAAAUUAAACGAAAAAUCCUGGAAUAUCACAACAAGGCUGAUGACUAUGAUCUUCUGGCCAAUCAGUAG